UCAAAAAGUUCUCAAAACAAAAGAAAAACAAAGUAGAACGAAAUAGAGCCCGUCCCUCUGUUUUUCCUUCUUCUCUCGCUGCUCCGGUUUCUCCAUGGGAGAGAAAGAAGAACCCAGUUAUUAUCUGUCAAUCGAUAUUCGUCCCUUUAACUGAAAUCGAUCGAAACCCAUCUGUAAUCUCAAAUGCCGGAUUCGAAAAGACCCGGGACACCCAAUUUGAGGAAUACCCAGAAGAGAUCUCAAUAUCUUUCGCCAUCUUUGUUGAUUUUGUUCUCGUCUCAGUGGAUCUGAUGGUGGUUUACGCUGCAUUUUUGGGGGAAUAUCUGAGCUGGGUUUAUAGGGUUCUCGUUGCCCUGACGACGGGGAGGCGACAGAGACGACGAUGCAGCUUCAUUUCUCGCCUAGCAUGAAAAGCAUCACGAUCUCCAGCACCAAUGGGUUCCUUGACUUCAUGAAGAUCAAGGUCGCAGCUCGCCACAUCUCUUAUCGGACGCUCUUCCAUACGGUCCUCAUCCUUGCUUUCUUGCUGCCUUUCGUCUUUAUUCUCACAGCACUUGUCACCCUCGAAGGUGUCAAUAAGUGUUCGUCACUUGAUUGUUUGGGCAGGAGAUUGGGACCCAGAUUUCUUGGUAGGGCUGAUGAUUCAAUUAGGCUGGUUAGAGAUUUAUACAAGGUACUAAACCAAGUGAAUUCUGAGGAAAUACCACCUAACCUCGAGCUUCCAGAAUCUUUUAGCCAACUUGUUUCUGAAAUGAAGAACAACCAAUAUGAUGCCAAGACAUUUGCUAUCAAGCUAAAGGCAAUGAUGGAGAAAUUUGAUAGGGAGGCCAAGGCAUCCAAGUUUGCGGAACUGAUAAACAAGCAUUUUGCAGCUAGUGCUAUUCCAAAAGGCAUCCAUUGUCUCUCUCUGCGCUUGACUGAUGAGUACUCCUCCAAUGCGCAUGCACGCAGACAGUUGCCAUCCCCAGAGUUUCUCCCUUUGCUCUCUGACAACUCUUACCAUCAUUUCAUAUUGGCAUCUGAUAACAUCCUGGCAGCUUCUGUUGUGGUCACUUCUACUGUUCAGUCCUCUCAAAAACCUGAGAAAAUAGUCUUCCAUGUUAUCACUGAUAAAAAGACAUAUGCGGGUAUGCACUCAUGGUUUGCACUGAACCCUCUCCCUCCAGCAAUUGUUGAGGUCAGAGGUGUUCAUCAAUUUGACUGGUUAACAAGAGAGAAUGUACCUGUACUAGAAGCCAUAGAGAGCCACUAUGGGAUCAGAAAGUACUACCAUGGGAACCAUAAUGUUGGAGCCAAUCUUAGUGAGACUACUCCACGGAUAUUUGCUUCAAAAUUGCAGUCGAGAAGUCCGAAGUACAUUUCAUUACUUAACCAUCUCCGCAUUUAUCUCCCAGAGCUUUUCCCAAACCUUGACAAGGUAGUCUUUUUAGAUGAUGAUGUUGUAAUUCAGCGUGACCUGUCAGCACUGUGGGAGAUUGACUUAGAGGGCAAGGUUAAUGGGGCUGUAGAAACCUGUAAAGGUGAAGAUGAUUGGGUAAUGUCCAAACGUUUCAAGAACUACUUCAAUUUUUCUCAUCCUCUCAUAGCAAAGAACUUGGACCCUGAUGAAUGUGCAUGGGCAUAUGGGAUGAACAUCUUUGAUCUGCGUGCAUGGAGGAAGACAAAUAUCAGAGAGACAUAUCAUUCCUGGUUGAAAGAGAAUCUGAAGUCAAACUUGACAAUGUGGAAGCUUGGGACACUACCACCUGCUCUUAUUGCAUUCAAAGACCAUGUUCACCCAAUUGAUCCUUCCUGGCACAUGCUUGGUUUGGGUUACCAGAAUAACACUGACAUUGAAAGUGUGAAGAAAGCUGCAGUUAUCCACUACAAUGGUCAGUCCAAGCCAUGGCUAGAGAUUGGUUUUGAGCAGCUCCGGCCAUUUUGGACCAAGUAUGUCAAUUACUCCAAUGAUUUUGUAAGGAACUGCCACAUCUUGGAGUCAUAGUAGAUAAAUGGAAGAGCAAGAAACAGAGAGAGAGAGAGAGAGAGAGAGAGACAGAAAGAUUUAAUUGGGAUGGGUUCCCAUUAGAUUUGCCGCUCAAAAUUUUCAUGACAUUCAUUUAAGAAAACAAGAAAUUUGGUCAUGCAGGCAAUGCUGUUGGAUUCAGAUACUCUGUCAUCCCUCCACUGUUAGAGACGAGGACCUUCAUUACUGGUGGGCAUGAGAAACAUUCUUUCCAUCUGUAACAUAGUAAUCCAUGCUUUAUUUGUUUGGUUAAAGAAGGGCAAUCUUCAAUUUUGUCUUCCCAAGGGAUAUUUGACGUUACCUUGUCUCUUGGCUGGAAGAGUGCUGGGUGCAGGCAAUGCAGAAUAAGGGUAAUGGCACACUCAGAAAUGUGAACUUGGAUGCCAAUUAUAUAUACAAAUAUAUAAAAGAAAUGGGAAGCCUUGAACUGGUUCCUUUGUAAGCCACUCUUGGAUAUCCUUUUUUUCAUCAAUUACUUUUUUCCCUUUUUUUUUAAUCUUGGCCGAGCCCCCUAUUUUUUUUGGUUGUAUUCAUCAUUUUGAUUCUUAUAAAGUGGGUCAUGGAGAUUGCUGUGUUACGGAUCUCAUUAGAUUGGAGAACUAUUCUUAGGGUAUUUGUUACUCUGGAUCCAUGAUAAUAUUGAAAAUGUGCAGAUUAUUCUUUUUUCUCUUUUGUCCUUUCUGCAUCAUUUCUCGAUUCUUAUAAAGUGUGUCAUGGAGAUCUUACGUAUCUUAUCAGAUUUGAGAGCUUUUCUUAGGGUAUUUGUUAUUCUGGAUCCAUGAUAAUAUUGAAAACAUGCAGAUUUCUUUUUC